AUGGCCUCGGAAGUGGUGUGCGGGCUCGUCUUCAGGCUGCUGCUCCCCAUCUGCCUGGCAGUAGCGUGUGCAUUCCGAUACAACGGGCUGUCCUUUGUCUACCUUAUCUACCUCUUGCUCAUUCCUUUGUUCUCAGAACCAACAAAAGUGACAAUGCAAGGACAUACGGGACGGUUACUGAAGUCUCUGUGCUUCACCAGCCUUUCCUUCCUGUUGCUGCACAUCAUUUUUCACAUCACAUUGGCCAGCCUUGAAGCUCAACACCGUAUUACACCUGGGUACAACUGCUCAACGUGGGAAAAGACAUUUCGCCAGAUCGGCUUUGAAAGUUUAAAGGGAGCUGAUGCUGGCAACGGGAUAAGAGUGUUUGUACCUGAUAUUGGGAUGUUCAUCGCUAGUCUGACCAUCUGGCUCGUUUGUAGAAACAUUGUCCAGAAGCCCACGACAGAAGCCGCUGCACAAUAUAACCUGGAGUUUGAAAAUGAAGAAUUGACUGGAGGACAAAAAAUAGACUCAGAAGAGGCACUGAUCUGUGAAGAGGAUUUAGAUGGAGGAGAUAGUGGGGAAGGCGAGUUGGAAGAGAGUACCAAAUUAAAAAUAUUCCGCAGGCUCGCCUCUGUAGCUUCCAAGCUUAAGGAGUUCAUUGGCAACAUGAUAACCACCGCCGGAAAAGUUGUUGUGACCAUUUUACUGGGUUCCUCAGGUAUGAUGUUGCCAUCUUUGACCUCCUCUGUGUAUUUCUUUGUGUUUUUGGGUCUGUGCACCUGGUGGUCUUGGUGCCGGACAUUUGACCCAUUGCUGUUCAGCUGUCUCUGUGUCCUGCUGGCUAUUUUCACUGCUGGACACUUGAUUGGACUUUAUUUAUACCAGUUCCAGUUCUUCCAAGAAGCAGUUCCACCCAAUGACUACUAUGCAAGGUUAUUUGGUAUUAAAUCAGUAAUUCAAACAGACUGCUCUAGUACUUGGAAGAUCAUAGUAAAUCCGGACCUGUCAUGGUAUCACCACGCCAACCCCAUCCUCUUGCUGGUGAUGUACUAUACUCUGGCCACUCUGAUUCGUAUCUGGCUACAAGAACCCCUUGUGCAGGAUGAGAGACCCAAGGAAGAGGACAGAGGCCUGGCUUGUAGCCCCAUGCAAAUCACAGCAGAGAGGAGGCGGAGCCUGUGGUACGCCACCCAUUACCCCACAGACGAGAAGAAGCUUUUACCCAUGACCCAGGAUGACUACAAACCCUCUGAUGGCCUGCUUGUGACUGUGAAUGGCACCCCCGUGGACUACCACACCAUCCACCCCAGCCUGCCCCUGGAGAACGGCCCUGGCAAGGCUGACCUGUACUCAACCCCGCAGUACCGGUGGGAGCCCUCCGAAGCAUCCGCAGCAAAGAAAGAGGACAGGGAGGAAGAGAAAGAAGAAUUUGAAGAAGAAAGAAGCCAUGAGGAAAAAAGAAGUAUCAAAGUUCACGCCAUGGUCUCCGUGUUCCAAUUCAUUAUGAAGCAAAGUUACAUCUGUGCUCUCAUUGCUAUGAUGGCCUGGAGCAUCACCUAUCAUAGCUGGUUGACAUUUGUGUUGUUGAUCUGGUCAUGCACCCUCUGGAUGAUUCGCAACAGAAGAAAAUAUGCCAUGAUCAGCUCUCCCUUCAUGGUGGUUUAUGGAAAUCUGUUGUUGAUAUUACAGUACAUAUGGAGUUUUGAGCUUCCUGAAAUUAAAAAGGUCCCAGGAUUUUUAGAAAAGAAAGAUCCAGGAGAACUUGCUUCAAAGAUUCUUUUCACUAUUACUUUUUGGCUACUUCUGAGGCAGCACCUCACAGAGCAAAAAGCUCUUCAAGAAAAGGAAGCCCUUUUAUCUGAAGUCAAAAUUGGAAGUCAGGAAAAUGAAGAAAAAGAUGAGGCACUUCAAGACAUCCAAGCAUUAGAGCCCAGAGUGAAGGAGGAAGAAGAAGAAGCCCAGGAUGAGCAGCAAGAGAGAAGGAUGGAGGAGGAGGAAGAAGAUGAUCAGGACAUCAUGAAAGUGCUGGGCAACUUGGUGGUGGCCAUGUUCAUCAAGUACUGGAUCUACGUCUGUGGGGGCAUGUUCUUCUUUGUCAGCUUCGAGGGUAAAAUUGUAAUGUAUAAAAUCAUCUACAUGGUGCUGUUCCUUUUCUGCGUGGCCUUGUAUCAGGUGCACUAUGAAUGGUGGAGGAGAAUUCUAAAAUAUUUUUGGAUGUCAGUGGUUAUUUACACUAUGCUGGUGCUCAUCUUUAUAUAUACAUAUCAGUUUGAAAACUUCCCUGGCCUGUGGCAAAAUAUGACCGGGCUGAAAAAGGAAAAGCUUGAGGAUCUUGGCUUAAAGCAGUUUACUGUGGCUGAACUGUUCACCCGCAUAUUCAUCCCAACCUCCUUCCUGCUGGUGUGCAUUUUACAUCUGCACUAUUUCCAUGACCGGUUCCUUGAACUCACAGACCUCAAUUCCAUUCCCAACAAAGAAGACAACACCGUCUACAGCCAUGCCAAAGUCAAUGGCCGCGUAUAUCUAAUAAUAAAUAGCAUCAAGAAAAAAUUACCAAUCCACCAAAAUGAGCUGGCCCACCCGGAAGGGAGCCUCCCAGACCUCACCAUGAUGAAUCUGUGUGCCAGCCUGGAGAAGCCAGAGAUGAGGAAGUUUUCUGAGCCUGGGGAGGAGAAGCCCGAAGGAUUUUCUGAAGAGGUGGAGAAGGACGAGCUUGGGAAAGAUAGCGAGGAGUCAGAGGAGGAUGGAGAGGAAGAGGAGGAGGAGGAGGAAACAUCAGAUUUAAGGAACAAAUGGCAUCUGGUGAUUGACCGUCUCACAGUGCUGUUCUUGAAGUUCCUGGAGUACUUUCACAAGCUGCAGGUGUUCGUGUGGUGGAUUUUGGAGUUGCACAUCAUCAAAAUUGUCUCAUCGUACAUUAUCUGGGUUUCUGUGAAAGAGGUAUCUCUGUUCAACUAUGUAUUUUUGAUUUCUUGGGCUUUCGCUCUGCCGUACGCAAAGCUACGUCGUCUGGCUUCAAGUGUCUGCACUGUUUGGACAUGCGUGAUCAUCGUCUGCAAGAUGUUGUACCAGCUCCAAACCAUUAAGCCUGAGAACUUUUCUGUUAACUGUUCCUUGCCAAAUGAAAAUCAAACAAACAUACCCCUGCAGGACCUGAACAAGUCUUUACUCUACAGUGCUCCUAUUGACCCAACAGAGUGGGUUGGCCUAAGGAAGUCUUCUCCUUUGCUCGUCUACCUGAGGAAUAAUCUCCUGAUGCUGGCUAUUCUGGCCUUUGAAGUCACAAUUUACCGCCAUCAAGAAUACUAUCGAGGUCGAAAUAACCUUACGGCCCCUGUAUCUAAAACUAUCUUUCAUGACAUUACAAGACUACAUCUAGAUGAUGGAAUUAUUAAUUGUGCCAAAUACUUCAUAAAUUACUUCUUCUAUAAAUUUGGUCUAGAGACCUGUUUCCUACUGUCAGUGAAUGUGAUCGGCCAGCGAAUGGAUUUCUAUGCCAUGAUUCAUGCCUGCUGGCUAAUCGGUGUUCUAUAUCGACGCAGAAGAAAAGCCAUUGCAGAGGUCUGGCCCAAGUACUGCUGCUUCCUGGCAUGCAUCAUCACUUUCCAGUAUUUCAUCUGUAUCGGCAUUCCCCCUGCUCCUUGUCGAGACUACCCGUGGAGAUUCAGGGGUGCCAGCUUCAACGACAACAUCAUAAAGUGGUUGUACUUCCCAGAUUUCAUUGUGCGGCCCAACCCCGUGUUUCUCGUCUAUGACUUCAUGCUGCUCCUGUGCGCCUCCCUACAACGGCAGAUUUUUGAGGAUGAGAACAAAGCUGCGGUGCGCAUAAUGGCAGGGGACAAUGUGGAGAUCUGCAUGAACCUGGACGCAGCCUCCUUCAGCCAACAUAACCCCGUACCAGACUUCAUUCACUGCAGAUCUUACUUAGACAUGUCCAAAGUGAUCAUCUUCAGCUACCUCUUCUGGUUUGUUCUUACCAUCAUCUUCAUUACUGGGACGACCAGGAUCAGCAUAUUUUGCAUGGGUUACUUGGUGGCCUGUUUCUAUUUCCUGCUCUUCGGGGGCGAUUUGCUGUUAAAACCCAUCAAGAGCAUCCUGCGCUACUGGGACUGGCUGAUUGCAUACAACGUGUUUGUGAUUACGAUGAAAAACAUCCUGUCAAUAGGAGCAUGUGGAUACAUUACAACAUUGGUUAAAAAUAGUUGCUGGUUCAUCCAAGCUUUCAGCCUGGCCUGCACAGUAAAAGGCUACCAAAUGCCUGAUGGUAAUUCACCCUGUACACUACCCAGUGGUGAAGCAGGCAUUAUUUGGGACAGCAUAUGUUUUGCCUUCCUCCUACUGCAAAGAAGAGUUUUCAUGAGCUAUUAUUUCCUCCAUGUCGUGGCUGAUAUAAAAGCUUCACAGAUCCUGGCAUCAAGAGGGGCUGAACUUUUCCAGGCCACAGUUGUAAAAGCUGUAAAGGCAAGAAUUGAGGAAGAGAAAAAGUCCAUGGAUCAGCUGAAGCGACAGAUGGAUCGUAUCAAAGCCAGACAACAGAAAUACAAAAAGGGUAAGGAGAGGAUGCUGAGCUUGACCCAGGAGUCAGGGGAAGGCCAGACCAUCCGAAAACUCUCUGAAGAAGAUGAUGAAAGAGAAGCAGACAAACAGAAAGCCAAGGGCAAAAAAAAGCAGUGGUGGCGGCCUUGGGUUGAUCAUGCUUCCAUGGUGAGGAGUGGAGAUUAUUAUUUGUUUGAAACCGAUAGUGAAGAGGAGGAAGAGGAAGAAUUAAAGAAGGAGGCUGAAGAACUCCCGCGAAGGUCGGCUUUCCAGAGAGCUAUUGGGAAGUUUGCAUCAGCCAUUUUAGCCUUGCCAAAGUCUAUCAUUAAACUUCCCAAAACUAUUCUUCAGUAUUUAAUCAGAGCUGCAAAGUUUGUUUAUCAAGCCUGGAUUACUGAUCCUAAAACAGCACUUCGUCAGAGACGCAAAGAGAAGAAAAGGUCUGCAGGAGAAGACCAGGAGCAAAAGCGGAAAGGAUUGGGGGAAGGUCACAUGGAAUGGGGUGACCGGGCAGAGGAACCCGUCAAAAAGAAAUCGGAUGGACCAGAUAAUAUCAUCAAGAGGAUAUUUAAUAUUUUGAAAUUUACCUGGGUCCUUUUUCUGGCAACAGUGGACAGUUUCACUACUUGGCUUAACUCCAUUUCAAGGGAACAUAUUGAUAUCUCUACAGUUCUGAGAAUUGAAAGAUGCAUGCUGACCAGAGAAAUUAAGAAGGGCAAUGUUCCAACUCGGGAGAGCAUCCACAUGUACUAUCAGAACCACAUGAUGAAUCUGUCCAGAGAGUCAGGGCUGGACACGAUUGAUGAGCAUCCUGGAGCUGCUCCGGGGGCACAGACAGCCCACAGGAUGGAUAGUUUAGAUUCACAUGACAGCAUCUCCAGCUGCUACACUGAAGCAACCAUGCUGUUCUCAAGGCAGUCUACCCUUGAUGACUUAGAUGGACCAGAAACUGUUCCUAAAACCAGUGAGCGUGCUCGGCCUAGGCUCCAUAAAAUGUGCAGCAUGGAUGUGUCCUCCUCAUCAGCUGACAGUGGCAGCUUAGCAUCAAGUGAGCCCACGCAGUGCACCAUGCUGUAUUCACGCCAGGGGACCACGGAGACCAUCGAGGAGGUCGAGGCUGAGCAGGAGGAGGAAGCAGGGAGCACAGCACCUGAGCCCCAGGAGGUGGCCGCUGAGUAUGAAGCCGAGUAUGAGGUGGGCGCCCUGGAUACUGUGGAGGCGGAUCUGACCCCUGAGGAAGAGUUGACACAGUUCUCCACUGUGGAUGGGGACGUGGAGGUGCCACCCUCCUACAGCAAGGCUGUCAGCUUCGAGCACCUGUCCUUGGAGUCCCAGGAGGACUACACAGGCCAGAACCACAUGGUGGUCAGCCCAGAUGACAGCCGCCCAGAUGACAGCUGCACGGACAAGCUGGAGUCGAGCAUCUUAGCUCCCCUGACACAUGAGCUGACAGCCAGCGAGCUGCUGUUGAACAAAAUGUUUCAUGACGAUGAACUUGAAGAAUCAGAGAAGUUCUACACGGAGCAGCCUCGGUUCCUGCUGCUUUUCUAUGCCAUGUACAACACUCUGGUGGCCCGCUCGGAGAUGGUGUGCUACUUUGUGAUCAUCCUCAACCACAUGGUGUCGGCCUCCGUGAUCACCCUGCUGCUGCCCAUCCUCAUCUUCCUCUGGGCUAUGCUUUCUGUGCCCAGGCCCAGCCGCAGGUUCUGGAUGAUGGCCAUUGUCUACACUGAGGUGGCAAUUGUAGUCAAGUAUUUCUUCCAAUUUGGAUUCUUUCCCUGGAAUAAGCAGUGGGAAUUGUACAAAGAUAAACCUUAUCACCCUGCAAAUAUCAUAGGAGUGGAAAAGAAGGAAGGUUAUGUUCUCUAUGACCUCAUUCAGCUCCUGGCUCUGUUCUUCCACCGGUCAAUUUUGAAGUGCCAUGGCUUAUGGGAUGAAGAUGACAUCGUUGAAAGUGACUCCGAAGGGGAAGACUCUGGUGAUGAUUUCGGCCUGAUCACCGGCAGAAGAGAUUCUUACAACUCCCUCAAGUCCAUCAAUCUGGCCACGUCCGUAGAGUCAGUGCACGUAACCUUCCCGGAGCAGCAGACGGCCAUCCGGAGGAAAUGCUCGGCCAACAGCUCCCAGAUAUCCCAGAGAUCCAGCUUUUCUUCAAAUAGAUCCAAAAGAGGCAGCACAAGCACUCGAAACAGCAGUCAAAAAGGAAGUAGUGUGCUGAGCAUUAAGCAAAAAAGCAAAAGGGAACUUUACACAGAAAAGCUUCAAGAACAAUUAAUCAAAGCAAAAGCAUUUACCAUUAAGAAGACUCUGAAAAUAUAUGUGCCCAUCAGGCAGUUCUUCUACAACCUCAUUCACCCAGAGUACAGCGCCGUGACUGAUGUGUAUGUGCUCAUGUUCCUGGCUGACACUGUGGACUUCAUCAUCAUUGUUUUUGGCUUUUGGGCCUUUGGGAAACACUCAGCAGCUGCAGAUAUCACCUCUUCACUGUCCGAAGACCAAGUCCCGGGGCCAUUUUUGGUGAUGGUUCUCAUUCAGUUCGGAACCAUGGUAGUGGAUCGAGCCCUCUACCUCAGGAAAACUGUACUGGGAAAGGUCGUUUUCCAGGUCAUUCUGGUGUUUGGAAUUCACUUCUGGAUGUUCUUCAUCUUACCUGGUGUGACUGAGAGGAAAUUCAGCCAGAACCUGGUUGCCCAGCUUUGGUACUUUGUGAAAUGUGUUUACUUCGGAUUGUCUGCCUACCAAAUCCGCUGUGGCUACCCAACACGGGUCCUUGGAAAUUUCCUCACGAAGAGCUACAAUUAUGUCAACCUCUUCUUAUUUCAAGGGUUCCGCCUCGUUCCGUUUUUGACUGAGCUGAGGGCAGUGAUGGACUGGGUGUGGACAGACACAACCUUGAGCCUCUCCAGCUGGAUCUGUGUGGAGGACAUCUAUGCCCACAUAUUCAUCCUCAAGUGUUGGCGGGAAUCAGAGAAGAGGUACCCUCAGCCCCGAGGCCAGAAGAAGAAGAAGGUGGUCAAGUACGGCAUGGGGGGCAUGAUCAUCGUGCUGCUCAUCUGCAUCGUCUGGUUCCCUCUCCUCUUCAUGUCUCUCAUCAAGUCUGUGGCCGGAGUCAUCAACCAGCCCCUGGACGUCUCCGUCACAAUCACCCUGGGAGGGUAUCAGCCAAUUUUCACAAUGAGUGCCCAACAAAGCCAGCUGAAAGUUAUGGACCAGCCCAAGUUCAAUAAGUUUAUACGAGAGUUUUCUAGGGACACCGGCGCUAUGCAAUUUCUGGAAAACUAUGAAAAAGAAGACAUAACAGUAGCAGAGCUAGAAGGAAACUCAAACUCCUUGUGGACCAUCAGCCCUCCCAGUAAGCAGAAAAUGAUACACGAACUCAUGGACUCCAAUAGUAGCUUCUCUGUUGUUUUUUCAUGGAGUAUUCAGAGAAACAUAAGUCUGGGUGCAAAAUCAGAAAUAGCAACAGAUAAGCUUUCUUUUCCUCUUAAAAAUAUUACACGAGAGAGUAUCGCUAAAAUGAUAGCUGGCAACAACACAGAAAGUUCAAAAACGCCAGUGACAAUAGAAAAGAUUUAUCCAUACUACGUGAAAGCACCUAGCGACUCUAACUCAAAACCCAUAAAGCAGCUUCUGGCCGAAAAUAAUUUCAUGGAUAUCACCAUCAUUUUGUCCAGAGACAAUGCAACUAAAUCUAAUAGUGAGUGGUGGGUUCUCAACCUGACUGGAAAUAGACUAUACAAUCAGCACUCGCAGGCCUUGGAACUUGUGGUCUUCAAUGAUAAAGUUAGCCCUCCCAGUCUGGGGUUCCUGGCUGGCUAUGGUAUCAUGGGACUAUAUGCUUCAGUUGUCCUCGUGAUUGGAAAAUUUGUCCGUGAAUUCUUCAGUGGAAUUUCUCACUCCAUCAUGUUUGAAGAACUUCCAAAUGUGGAUCGAAUUUUGAAGUUGUGCACAGAUAUAUUUUUAGUUCGAGAGACAGGAGAACUGGAGCUAGAAGAAGAUCUCUAUGCCAAAUUGAUAUUCCUGUACCGUUCACCAGAAACAAUGAUCAAGUGGACUAGGGAAAAAACAAAUUGAAACCCAAGGACACAGACCGCAAGUAAAGUGAACCUUUGAAUUUUUUUUUAAAAAAAGCACAAUAUUCUCAUAAGAGCUAAGCAUUUCUAGUUCAGUGGAAAUGGUUUCUCUUCUGACAGGUGGCCGAAAGGACCUGACGUCCUUUUGCUGUAAAAGCUACCUUGUAAGUUAGGGGACCGUUGAAGACAUCAUUUGUAAUUCCAGUUCUCUCAAUCAGGGCUACUUGCUUUAUGUUUUAGUCAGCAGUGUCUUGCAUUCUGAUUGACUAUGUGAGGAAUCAUUCUUGGGUCCUCUCCCUCAGAAAAAUAGAAGAGAAGACAGAAGGACAGAAGCCUGCGUUUUACUGUGUAGGGAUGGUGCCCUUCCAGGGAGAUGCUGUAACAGAUCUCCCACAGCGCUGGGAUGGCCACUGUGGGGAGAUGGGAUGAGCCUGCAGCACACUCAAAAUAUGCAGUAGCAAUAGGAGGCCAGCAGCUCCUACGCAUGUCCCUGGGAGGACCAGAGAAAGGGAACCAAGGACUCACGAAGACGCCAGUGGAAAGAUAAGCCUCAUUCUAAGCAAAAAGAUAACAUUAGUGACACUCUUACUGCCUUAUCUAAACGGAAGACUAAUAACAAAUCUUUCCUAAAAACACCAGUGACUUCUCAGGAAAAAAAGAAAAAAAGCAACAAAACAAAUGACGAGGACAGCUGCUUAUUGUGGUCCAGUCGUGACUGGCCUCCUGGAAGGUUGCUGUCAUGGAAACGUACAUGAGUCAGGAAGAUUUUUAAAAAGGACAACUCAGAUGGAUUUGGAAUUCUCUGACUUUGUAACUCUUUAAUAACUGAGGUCAGGAACUCUCUUCGGCCUUUUUCCCCAUCUCCUGUUUCCAUGAUUUAAGGCAAUGGUUUUUCCAAUAUGUGACAUUUUCCUUCCUGUUUUUCAGGUAUAUCAAAGAGUUUACAUAUUCUGAUUCACAUUUUUACAUCUGAGACAGUUUUUUUUAAGUUCAUAAUUAUGGAAGAAAUACGUAUAUUGAGCUUGGAAAAUAAAAAUGGCCUUUUCUUAAAUUAUUAUCAUUGGUAAUACAACCUCUUCAUUAAAUAACAAUAUAGCAUGAAAAAUUUAUGAUUGAAAUGUAGUUUUCAUUCCAUAUUAAAAUACAGUUUCUGAGAAAAAUCAUUGAAUGGUCUAGAAUAUGUAAAAAAAAAUUGACCCUGUGUAGUUUGGGUUCAGAGAUGAAUUAAAAUAAAGCACUUCUUGCAAAGUUAUUUUGAGAAUAUGCCUCAUUCUGCCUUUUUGCAUAGAAUAGGAAAAGUGGUAGGGGCGGCACCUGUAGCUCAAAGGAGUAGUUAAAAUAGUUAAAUAAAUACAAAAUUAAAAAAGUGAUAGUUUUCAGUACAAACAGAAAAAUCAAGUGAGGUAAGAAUCUACUUGUCGCUGGUUUUGUUUUAUUUUCUCUUGUAGAUGAUCAUAUGAAUAACAUUACGCAAGAAAAGCAACUGGUAACAUUGAUUUCCAAAGAGGAAACUCUAAUAGUGAAUAUGAAACUUUAAAACAAACAGCAGCGUUUUCUAGAGCUGUGGUCUCAACCCCCACCCCAGCCAUGGACUGGUAGCAGUUUGGGGGGAGGAGGCUCCAUCUGUAUUCACAGUCACCCCCAUUGUUCAUCAUCUCCUGAGCUCCACAUCCCGUCAGAUCCCCCCACACCCUGGUCCGCCCAAAAAUUGUCUUCUAUGAAACCAGUUCCCUGGUGCUAAAAGGGUUGGGGACCAGUGCUCUAGAGUAAUUAGUGUAUUUGUCCUUACACUGUGAACUCAGUAUGCAUGCACCCCGCUGAGAUAAAUGGCUUCUGUCACAAUAACAAUA